UUUUAAAAUAUGAAAUGUUGAUUUUACAACUAAAAGACUGUUUUGCAUGAUAAAGUAAACAUAUGUUGCUUGUUUUUGAUAUCAAAUAUAGAGUAAGUUUUGGUAUUGCAAGCGUGUCUUUGUAUCCCCUAAAAAUGGCCCCGGUUUGCAGCGGGGAUUUUUCUCCAAUCCCUAGAUGUCUCAGAGCAGCUCCAGAAACAUGGCCAUUUCAGGAAACGAAUCAUGCUACGGAGACGUGUGCAGGGCAGAUUCCUUCUGCGAUCAUCCGUCGAGGUUUUGUUUCAAAUGCGCCCAGUGGCUUCAUACAUGUUUUACGGAAAAACAUAAACCGCGGUGUACACGUGUCUGUAAAGAAAUGAUGGGCGAUGUAAUCACACAGUCACCUGGGACUACCAUGGUGGCACCCGCUGUGGAGCUAUCCAUAGAACCUGACUUCACAUCCUUGUACGUGUUGGCUGCUGUUGUCCCUCUGUUUUUUGCCUUUCUCAUCAUCUUAAUAUGUUUCUACAGAAAAAUCGGACCUAAUAAACCUACCAUGGUUAUCAGGAAAAACAUUUGCCGUAUAUUGAACGUCUUUAACAGAAGACACAAUGACCAAACGUUUGUUAAACAAAAGGACCGCCUAACGUAUCAUAAAAACCCCAGGGCAAAGAACAAUAGUCAAGCAGAUGCGUCUCUUUUCGCGGACAGACUUUCUGUCACGUCACUUUUGAGCGGACAAGAAUCGCGAUCGUUUCCAAGCCUAUGCCAGUCUACGGAGAUACCACCAAUCCGUAACGAACCACCUGCCAACCCACGGACUCCCCGAACGUUACCUGAAAGCACCACCCAAGGCCACACAGAUUACUACCAGAUCUCAAAACCAAUCAAAGAGGUUGGAGACGAAGGUCUUUCCAUUCACGUUGAUGGUCACGUGCUGAAACCUAGGGAGAUCCAACCCAGACAAAACGGCACGGUCAGCUCAACAUGAUACACCGAUUUUGCUUAUGGGGGAAGAUUAAAACACUAAUGUGCGUCAGCGAAAAAAAGUCGAGUUAGGAGACAAUGUAUAACGUUAUUAACUCUCUUUUUCGGUGUACAGACUUAGAUGUAUUUUGAGAAAAAAUUCGAUUUUUUUGUUUCGUUUUUUGAUGAAUUAAUGAUACGCCUAUAGCUGACCAUGAUUUUUCCAAAUCAUAUAUGUUGUCAAAUGCCAGGCUUCUCAUGUGAAAAUUGUUUGAAUAAGAAAUUUUGUUAAUCCACCGAUUCAUACAUUUGAAUACAUAUCGUUACCUGUUUUCUUUUGAAUGGUGCCAGUCGUUGCUUGUUGCUUGUAUUGGUGGGUUCAGAGAACGAGUUUAGUGUAUUGAGGCGGCCAGUGUCCUGACUGCAUUAGGGGUCAACAAUUUAAUUAUAUGUUGAUUCUAAUGAUGAUUUGUUUUGUGUAAAUGAAGUGUCAAGAAAAAGAAAAAAUCAAAAACAUUGUAAUUUUAACGUAAACAAAGCAAAACUUGUCUGAAACGCCCUUCAUACCGAAACGGUCCUCCCAUAAUGAGGCACCGGACGAACAUUCCCCAUACGCUUGGAUCCGCCUCUGGUUUGUAAGAAAGUGUUUCAAUGCGGGCAUUAGUAGAGAAAAAACUUAAAUAUUCUAUCGAGUAAUACCGUGCUUCAUACAUCUCUUUUUUCUAGAUUAAUUUGUGUCUACACUCUGUGUUAUCACCAAUGAGGGAAACAGAAUUCCAUUGUCAUAUAAAAUACACUAUUCUAAACCAAGUGCUAUGGGUUUUUUGAACAUAUAGUUAGCCAUGUAAUUCAUGUUGUGCCGCGUUUAUAUAAUUUUAUAUUCAUGUGAUAUUUCUUAUUUUUCAUCAUUAAAAUAAAUUUAUGACAGUUAUGUUUUUAUUUUAUUUUAUUUUAUUGAAAUAAUGUUAGAAGAAAUCAGUAAUCGCCGAUGUAAGUAAGAGAUAUUGAAUAUAUUUCGUUAACUUCUUCAUUUUAUUAGAAGUAAUUUAAUAUCUCUGUUAACUGAGCGGUAUCUUAACCAACACUGUGUUGUUUAGGGAACACGUUUUGUUUUCAUAGAUUUCCCGAUCACUCAUAGUUCAGUUUAGAGACAUAUUUCUCUAAAACCUUUCAAGAGUGAAACUAAAACUCGGGACUGCCAACAGUCAACGUCAUGUAGUCAGCUAAUUGAUUACGGUCUGUCCAUGUACACUGAUAUACACAAGGUACUUUGACCAUCCAUUAGUUGGUUGAGUAGCUGUGAAAUCAUAUCCUUUGUUGAUAAUAAUGUUGCGGUUCCCGCAGCUUAAAGUCACCAUACUAUUAAUCAAUCGGCGUCCAAACCACACUGUAAAAUAUGUCAAGCUUCAUGAACGUGAUGCAUUAAGUCAUUGGCAUAUUUUCAAAUUCAAUUCUUUGAAAAAUUCUUUGGUGAGAGUGUAUAAUCUUAUAGCUGUCAUAUUAGGUCAAACGUCAUGUAUAGCAUUCUUAUAAGUGUUAAUAAUCAUGAAAAUAUCU